UGUAUACAGACUGGUCACUGUAAUAACCAAACUAGACUUUAAUCUCAAUUCCUUUUAUCUCCACGAGUUUUUAGUUAUACCCUGUAUCUCUCCUGAUUUAUUAAAUGGUCCCUAUUUAGGAGGAGUCAUAUAUACUUUUGCAGUGCGUCUCAUGUUUUUCAGUUGAAUCUAAAUCUUUCAUAAUAUUGUAUAAUCUGUUCUGUUAGACUUAUCUAGUGUAAAAAUGGCUCAUCGACCAAUGUCUGGACCAUCUCGAAACGAAAUGUUAAUGGCUGAAAAGGCUGGAAAAAUGUUGGAUAAAGCAACCGAUCCAGUCGAGAAGCUGCGAUAUGCAUGCUUAAAACGUGGUACUUGCGGAAUUUUGGGCUUUGGAAAAACUUUCCGUCGAAUGGAUAUUGAAGGGAACAGGUCAUUAACUUUAGACGAGUUUGCUCAAGGGAUUCAAGAAUUUGGCGUUUAUCUAACAAAUGAUGAGGUUUCACAUCUAUACACCAAAUUUGACCGAGAUGGUAACGGGUCACUAGAUUACAACGAGUUCUUGCGAGCUAUCAGGCCCCCGAUGAGUCAAAAUCGUAUAUCAUUGAUUGAAAAAGCAUUUGCUAAACUUGACUCUAAUGAAGAUGGUAAUGUAACCAUUGAAGAUCUUAAACACAAAUAUAAUAUCCAAAGCGACCCUGAAUAUCAAAAUGGCGCUUUAUCUGAAGAAGAAAUCUUGAAUACUUUCAUAAAUAAAUUCGAAGAGAAUGGUGCAACUAAUGGCAUCGUUACCAAGGAAGAGUUCAUUGACUAUUGUGCUGGAAUAAGUGCAUCCAUCGACGAUGACAUGUACUUUGACUUGAUUAUGCGACAAUCUUGGCACAUCUAAGCGACAGUCUUGUUAGCUGAAGACUGCAAUUGUUCACGACAGCCAAUACAUGCUUACUUCCUUUCAUUCUUUAUGGACUUUGUUUUGAUGCUAAUAUUCCAAGCCAUUUAGAAGUCUACAAACUAUUUUCUGAUCGUCUGGAAACGCUUUAAGACGAUUGAUAUUUUUUCAUUUCGACUUUAAAACUUACAUUGUCGUAAUUAUCCUUUAUUUGCCUAUAUGGGUAUUUUAACUUCAGUUGUUCUCUCAUGAUUACUCGUAUGUUUCACUUGAUUGAAUUGAUUAGGUUGUGGUUUUUGAGGAAUUUGGAAGAACAAUUAUUUGAUUAUGCUUCCUAUCAACUAAUAUUAAUUCAAUUCACACUCCAGUAUUACUAAUUCACAAAAAUAAAAAAAGAUUCAAUUUAAA